AUGAGUUUUAAAGAUUUGGAUGAAGCUAAAAGAAUUGUGGGGUUUUAUGCAAUUGCUAAUAAAAAGGGCCUUAAAGUUUUUAAGAGUGACACCGGUAGAGUUAGUUAUAAAUGUGAUGUUGGUUGUCCUUUUAGGUGCUUGAUAUCUAAGGAUAAUAAAGAUCAAGGAUUUAAAAUUAAGUCUUUGAAAACAGAACACAAUUGUCAGCCAGCAUACAAGAAUAGAAGAGCUACUCCCCAAGCUUUAGCGCACUAUUUCAAGAACAAAGUCCAAAAUAAUCCUAAAUAUAAAGUGAAAGACAUGAGGGUGGACCUAGAGGAUCAAUUCAAUCUAAAUGUUAGCUAUUCAAAGAUGAAGAGGGUAAAGAGGCUUGUGCUAGAGAAAUUGGAGGGUAGCUUCAUUGAUGAUUACAAUAGGUUAGAGGUAUAUGCUCAAGAGUUGAGGGAUAGUAACCCUGGUUCUGAUGUGGUGAUAAACAUAUCUAAAGAUGCUUUGGCAGAAGGAAAAAGAAGGUUCCUUAGAAUGUAUAUUUGCUUCCAAGCUUUGAAAACAGGCUGGAAAGCAGGUUUGAGACCUCUUAUAGGCCUAGAUGGCACAUUUCUAAAAGGGAAGUGUAAGGGAAUUCUACUGGUGGCCAUGGCACAAGAUUCAGUGAAAUAUUUUUAUCCUUCUCUUGCAUGGGCAGUAGUUGAUAAAGAAACUGGUAGAACCUGGAAGUGGUUUAUGGAGUUACUGAGAAAUUCCUUGGAGCUUGAAGAUGGUGAAGGAGUGACAUUUAUGUCAGAUUUGCAAAAGGGGCUUUUGGAGGCUGUUUCUAAUGUCCUUCCAAAAGCAAAUCACAGAUGGUGUGCUAGGAACAUUGAAGCUAAUUGGAGCAAAAAUUGGAGGGGUAUAGAGAUGAAAAAGUUAAUGUGGUGGUGUGCUUGGAGUACCUAUGAAGAAGAGUUCAAGGAUCAACUGAAGGCUCUGGGUGAUGUUCAUGAAGAUGCAGCUAGGGAACUAAUACACUACCCUCCUCAAUAUUGGUGUAGGGCUUAUUUUGAUACUAAAUGCAAGAAUCAUAUGGUUGAUAAUAACUUUACGGAAUCAUUCAAUAAAUGGAUUCUUGAAGCUAGAAAUAAACCUAUAAUUAAGAUGUUGGAAGACAUUAAAUUAAAGGUAAUGAAUUUGUUGAAGAACCGUGAGGAGGAAUGUAGGAAUUGGAAGGAAGAAAUUAGCACAUAUGCCAUAGAGCUUUACAAUGAUUACAGAGUGAUUGCAAUAGAGUGCAAAGUUGUCUUUAAUGGAGAUUACGGAUAUGAAGUGGUUGAGGGUAAAGAUAAGCAUACAGUUAACCUUGAAUUAAAGAAGUGUACUUGCAGGGCCUGGAAUUUGACAGGAAUACCAUGUCCUCAUGCCAUCAAAGCUUUAAUGCACGACAAACAAGAUCCAUUAAGCGAGGUGCAUUGGUGGUAUUCAAAGGAAGCUUAUAUGUUGGCAUACAUGCACAAGUUACAACCUGUGAGAGGUGAGAAAUUUUGGAAAAUUGAGCCAGAACAUGCAAUGGAGCCACCAGAAGCUAAUGGUGAAGGAACUUCCCAAACAGUACAAGAUGUGCCCUUGACGGCACCCCAAGACAGUCAAAAUUCAGAAUUUGCCUUCAUGCCUACUCCGGGUGUGAGAAUGACCUCUCCUGAACAUUCCAGUCAAUUUGCUGAACUUCAAAACACACUUCAACAAUCUGUUGCACCUUCAAUAUAUAGUUAUUUGUUAUUACCCAAGGCUCUUGCCAGAAUGCUAAUGGGAAAAUCUGACUUCCCAUAUGCUAAUGGCAAUACAUUGUACAGGCAAUAA